ACGGAGACAAUAAUGUUGAGACUUGGUGGAAGGACCGUGUUGAGGUCUCACAUACGAAGAGCUCUUCCCUUUGUUAUUGCCCAACGUGCUGCCCGUACAAGGCCGCAGCUCAACAGGCAACCACGGCCAACGGCUGGAGACGGUGAGCAUGUUGACGAACUGAGGAUUAAACCUCUGGGGGAUUUGGAUAAGGCCUUGGAGUCGCUCAACGACCAAGAGGUCACUGCAGUUGACGUUGACCCUUCUAUUGUGCUGUUGGAGAACUUGAACUUGUCAAGGCCUGGAACUAAGACUGAUAAGAGAUACAGGAAACAGAAGGCACUGUUGAGUACUUUGACGACAGAGGCUGAGAAGACCCAGUCAUUGUUCAAGUUCUUUUUAAAGGAAGCGUACGAAGAGAUUGUGCACUAUCCUAAUAGAGAUGAGCUGGAACCACUUGAUGACUCGAAGAUCAAGACUAAGGACAUUGAGCGUGGGUUGGAAUAUGAAAUCAAGCAGAGAACAUUGGAUCACUGGAACGUUGGCAACGUUAGAUAUAGAAGGUUCGAAGUGUUGAUAACUGUCUUGGAAAACCUAUACAAGGCACCUGAUGGCUGUACCAUACUCUCAGUUGAAGAUAUGGCCCAAUGCUUUGAAAUGGCUCAGUACGUUGCGGACCACGAGCUGAGGCUAAGAGCCAGGUUUCUAUCAGGGUCACUGGUCUACAAGCUGAAAAGAGUCGAAUUCGAUGCGAUAAACGAGUACCAAUAUAUCGAAUCACUGAUGUACUAUGGGAAUCAUCAUGAAGCGCAGACGAUAUUGGCCAAAAAUUGUGAGAAGAUUGGACAAAGAUGGUGGUACGAAUUGAUGGUUAUAAACUACAUCGACUUGAGGAAUUUUAACGAAGCAGAAGCGGUGGUACGACUCAUCGAGACAAAAUAUUCACCAUUUAUGGACGAAAGGGUAUACGUCCAUUUCAUCAAUGGCUAUAUCGUGGCAGGUAAUGUUGAAAGGGUUCGUUACUGGACCAGUAAACUUCAACAAGUUGUGAAGGCUUUGGGAUUUAGACGGUUUGAAAGAGAAGACCCGGGGUUAGGUGCUGCUGAAGAAGAUAUCACAGAGUACUUGAACAUUGUUGAUCCUCCCUCGAGGGAGACCUUCCUAGGCGUCAUAUCCUCGUAUCUGGGAGCUGAUGAUCAUGGCAGCUUGAAAAGUUUGAAGCAAGAAACCCCAAAGAUUAUGGACUUUUACCUUGAACAAGAAUCAACCUCGCCUGACGACUUGAAACAUCUCUUACUAAACUUCAAAUUUGAAUACAAGACAAAGAUCCAGCCAAUGGUUUCUAAGUUGUCAGAUUCGCAAGCAGAGAAGCAGAUAAAUAGCUUCUUUGAUCAGUAUAGGAAAACACAUGAAGUUGAAGCCAAGCAAGGUGAUAUCCUCGAUGAAUUCUUCAACUCUUUAAGCCAAGUUGGUGGUUUUGCCAGGAUUAUCGAUGAGUUCAAAGCUCUUACAGAGCAGCAACAGAGACUUACACAGAGAAACAUGUACAGAUUGCUAACUGCAUUGGUCAACGCUGGUAAAUUAGAACAGGGACUCAAAGUGUUGGACGAUUUGGAGAAUUCGUACAGAGAUGUAUCGAUAACACCAGAUCUCGUCAAAGAUUUGGUUAUACCUCCUGUUGCUCCGCAUCACUAUAUACCAUUCAUCAGAUACUACGGACGUACAGGGAACGUGGAUCAAAUGAUUCAUAUCAUCGAUAGAUUUACCGAUCUACUUGGACACUAUAACCCGUUGAUCCUUACUCAAAUCCUGGGUAGCUUGGAUCGUAAUAGGCAAUACCAAUUGGCAAUGAAAUUCAUCCAUUCUAUUGUUCUCGAAGAUAUACACAAGGAGGACUUGGAGUAUUCUGACUUUACAAAACUAUACUCUGCUAUCUGGCAAUGUCUACGGCACGUAAUGGCGACAAAUAGUGGUCGUCGUCAUGGCAUCGACUUGCCAGACUUAAGAGUGUUAUUCAUGAAGAUGAUUCAUGACAACGUGGUUCCUUCUCCUGAUGACUAUACGACAAUCAUAAAGACAUUCACUUUGGAGCACGAUCUAUGUGGUUUGGCUUGUGUUCUGCAAUACAUGGGUCUUGUUCAUAGAUGUACGCCCACACCACAGUGCUUGAAAUGGAUUGAAAAGAUUUACAAGGACAAGGCGAGUAUCGAGAUAUCUGAGCUUAAGAGAAGCUCACUGUACGAUGAUGCUUUGAAGAGGUUACAAUCUGAAAGGCUUGCACAGCAUAGUUUAGAUCCAUUUUCACCAGAGAGAGAAGCGUUGGAAGAACAGAAAAUUGUUGAACAGAUGCGUGAAUCCUUGAAGCCAGAUGAACAGACAAAACCUCUACAAAACUUGGAACAUGAACUACUAUGGCGAAUUGCAUUUGCAAAGGUGAUUGAAGUCAUAAAGAGCCAACCAAACUAUCAUCCUCGCAUGCUUGACAAUGCACAUACGGAAUUUGAGUUGGUUGAACAGAUAGACACCCUGUUGGGGUCUUUGGAGCAUAGUCAUUGAACCUUGGUUCGAUGAAACUUUGGUUCAAGUUGAAUAAAAUGAGUUAGCUUGUAUAUAUUGAUCUACUUAAUGAAGUUAUGAAACUAC